AUGGCGACAUCUCUGCGUUUGUCCCGCAUGGGGACCAUGAAACGAGAGCAGAUGAUUAAGGAAGUCACGGCUGCAGCCCCUCAACAAGGUUUGAGAGGCGCGAGCUUGGAGACCCGGCUUGCAACCUUUGGUAUGCAGAUGCUGGAGAUGGAGGGUGAUGGCAAUUGCCAGUUUCGCUCCAUGGCCUUUAACUUGUUUGGAAGCCAGGACUACCACGCCUCGCCCCGACAGGCUGCGGUGAAGCACAUGAAGAAGCACUCGGACUUCUUCGGCGUCUUUUUUGAGACUGGGGCCGAGUUCUCGCGAUACUUGCAGAACAUGGCCCGCAACGGGACCUGGGGCGACGAGCUCACGCUUCGAGCCGUUGUGGAAGCUUACGGCUGUGUAGCUCACGUCGUCACUUCUGAACCGACAAACUGGCAUUUGGUCUACGAGCCCGAAGGUUUGGAUCCGCCAGAUCUAAACAUUGCCAUUUGCCCGAAGGGCGUGGGAAUGCCAAAAAGCAGGAAGCGAAUUUUCCUGUCAUAUAUCUCGCCCAUCCACUACAACGCCAUCAUCUCGCGUCCAGGGUCUUGA